ACUAGAUAGAUAACAAACACAGAACUCCUGAUUUAUUGUCAGUCUUUGUAGCGCUGAGUACAAACCACAUAUUAACUAGCUUAAGAGCAGUUUCUAGCAACUCGGCUCUACGGGAACAGGGCUUUAGAGGAAACAUUACUUAUUGCGGGUUAUUUUCUUAAUUUGGAUUGAAUCACGGAGGGUCUAACGUUAUAAUGGAUCUGGUGUGGCUUUCAUACAUCGCAGCGAGUAUGUGCGCUUUGCUUGCCUCUGCUGAGAGACACACUGUUUUCUGGAAUAAUACCAACCCCAAGUUCCAAUGGAACAACUAUGCGGUUGAGGUACGCCUGAACGACUACCUAGAUAUCGUGUGCCCUCACUACCCACUGGGCGAAGUGCCGUCACAGGAUGCCGAGCGCUACGUGCUCUACAUGGUGGAACGUGAAGACUACGAAUCCUGCCGUCCACAAUCUUACGACCAGAUGCGCUGGGAAUGCGGCCACCCUUUCGCCCUUCACGCACCCGAAAAGUUCUCCGAGAAGUUCCAGCGCUUCACGCCGUUCACUCUGGGGAAAGAGUUCCGACAGGGCGAGAGCUACUACUACAUCUCCAAACCACUGCACCACCACGGAGAGGAGUGUAUGAGACUCAGAGUAGACGUAGUUGCCAAUGAUGGUUCUCAAGAAGCCAGGGUUGGCACAGGAAGUGGAUCUAAGUUGGGCACAGGGGCAGGAGCUCACACACCGUCUAAUCGGUUACCAGCAGAUGAUCCUGUUGUGGUUCUUCCUGAAGUGCAGCAAAGCAAGCGAACAAACUCCGCCAUUUCAAGAGCAUCCUGGACUGUUCUCACAACCUUACUCCCCCUUUUACUGUUGUUGGUCUUACAGUGAGAUGAACACUGGACUAAAUUUCACUGUUUAAAAAAAAAGAGAAUGACGGCGGCCUGUGUCGAUGAAAGCACACAGAGGUAGCUCUUUACAUCCCAGUGCUGGCCAUUGGGAGAAGGAUACAGGAAGUGGAGUGGAGAAGCCUAACUGGAAGAAGAGGGCUUUCGGACACUUCUAAAGAAACAAAAAAACGAGACGUCAGUAUUUUUCUGGAAAUAUAGUUCAUGCGAAGGGAGAUGUUUUCCCUUUUACCAUUUUUCUUUCUUCAUAUAAACGCCUGAGCACUCUGGAUAAGAACAAACUGAAACAGUAAUGCAGAUUUGGAAUUAGCAUGAACUUGGAAUAUGGACAACCCCCUUUAUUUGAGUGUCAUAAUGAUGGGACGCAAGCCAAGAAUGAGCCAAAGAGCACAGAGCUUCUCAUGGAGGAGUAGAGCGAUCAAAACUAUUCAUGUUUUGUACAUCCAGAGAAAUAAUUGAGUUUCGUAUUAAUUUAUGUAGCAUCAGCUUAGUGGGUUUUAUUCUCACCGUCUCAUGGUUUUACAAGACUGUACCUGGAUUUAACCUGGAAAUGCAGUACGGAACACACACGUACCCCUUUACCGCCGAAAUGGUGCUGGUGCCUGUGAUGGGACAUCUGUGGAAAUAAACAGAGCGGUUCCAGAUUGGGCGCCGGCACCCUAACGGCGGAAAACGGCGGCAUCCGAUACUGUUUACCAAACCCUCUGACACACUUCCAUUCAGAAAUGCUGUGUUGUUUUUGUACAUUCAUUGUUUAAAGAGUUAGUAAAUUAUUAGUUUUGCUGCAGAACAAAUUACUGUAUAUAGUGAGCAAAAAUGUUUACUGUGUGAUGGAGAGAGAGAGGAAAUGAGACGUGAGAGAGGAGAAACUCGUUGGAUUAAUGUGUUGAAGUGUACAUGAGAAAGUGACCAAAAGGGAAAUUGGAUUAUUGGAUAAAUACACACGUUUCUUCCCAAGUGUGUGUGGAGCUGUGAGGGUAUGUCCUGGCACCCUCAGCAUUUAAACUGCCAAGCACAAUCAAUGAGAAGCACACUCUCACACAAUCACCUGGAAAUGAACUUCAUAAUUAAGAACAGAAGUUUUGACUUCAUCUAAGCUGUUCAUUGGGCGGAAAUUGGACUACACUAAAUAUUGCAGUUGGCCAAAUUAUAUUUUUAAUUUUAAUAAAUUUAUGCUGGUACUCGCUGAUAUCAAAAUAUCAGGGUAGCACAUGUGUAUUUGAACAAAAAUGACAUUUAUAUAUAUAUAUAUAUAUAUAUAUAUAUAUAUAUAUAUAAAAUUCGAUGAUAGCAAAUGAGAUAUUUGGCAUUAACUGAACAUAAUAUUUUAUUUUUAAAAAAUCCACCACAAAUCAAAAAAGCAGAGACUGAUGAAUCGCAAAAUGGCGCCUGAUUAACUGGCCUGUCUGAAAUACUGGUCUGUCACUACAAUAUAAGCUUUUCUAUUUUAUUGUAAAUCGACAUAUACUAUAAGGAAAAUUUAGUGUGGGGAUACUGGACCUGGUUUACACAGAUUAAUAACACGAAUCAUCUAAAGCACUAUGAACGAGACGCCACAUACACUGACUCUGACAUGAUGUAGCCGUUUAAGCUCAAUUCCGGACAGUUGUUCGUACGACUGGCACAGCUGUAUACGAAAUAACGUUGGGUCACUUUGAUUCAUUUUUCCAUUUUGUUUUUCAUUUUUUAUUCUCGUAUUCUUAUUUUGUACAUGUAUUGUGUAAAAUGUAUAUUAUGUAUAUAAAGA